ACACCGGUCCCUCAGUCCCUCGGAGCAGAACAGGGCGCGGCUGGGGGCGCUCCCGGGAGAGGCGAGGGGCUGGAGGAAGCUUGGAGAGGGGCGGCUGCCGCAGCAACGCCGCCAGCAGGAGCGCGCGAGAGGGCGGAGGGGGCCGUGUCCUGGCAGGUGGGCGCCGCCGACGGGGCGGGCGUGACCGCGGGCGGCUGCCGGAGGCGGAGGCAGAGCCGCCGCCGCUGAGGGCGGUCGGUGUUCGCGCUGGGAGUCGCGGGGCCAGCGCGGGCGCAGGGUUGCUGGCGGCGCCGCCGGAGGAGAGGCUGCUGCUGGGGCAUGCGGGGAGAUGAGGCUCAAGCCCGGUAGCAUCGUGACAUUUCUGUGCCUCAGCGCCGCCUUCUCCUUUGUCUGCUUCACCGCCUGGAGCAGGAGCGGAGGAAGUGGCUUAGACAUGUACCAAAGCCAGUUUUUGGAACUUCAUCAAAGAUUGUUAUAUGCCGAAAAAGAAAAUAAAAAAAGAUCCCGUGAAUUGAGCAUUGUCCUGGAUGCAAUUAAACGAGUAGUAGCAGAGAGACUGAACUCUACAGCAAAUCAUACAGAUGCUAUGAAGUGGAAAGUGUUAAAUCUCACCAGCAAACUCCCUUUGCAUCUUACAAACAUACAUUACUACCUACCUCACCUCUGGGAGCAUGAAAACAGCCUUUACCCAAAUGUUGUCAUUGGACAAGGGAGAACUGGAGUCUCCCUGGUGAUGGGUAUUCCUACUGUGAAAAGGGGAAAACAAAAUUAUCUGCUGGGCACAUUGAACUCUCUCUUCUAUGAGAUGUCUGCAGAGCAGAAGAAUGAUUGUGUAGUAGUUAUCUUUGUAGCAGAGGUGAAUGCAGAGUAUGUUAACAGUAUUGCAGAAAGUGUUAGAACCAGCUUCCCUAACGAAGUGCAGUCGGGCGUUAUUGAGGUUAUUUCCCCUCUUGCUUCCUAUUACCCAGACCUCUCCAAUCUCAAGGAAACAUUUGGAGACUCAAAGGAAAGAGUAAGGUGGAGAACUAAACAGAAUUUGGAUUAUAGCUUUUUAAUGCUAUAUGCACAACCUAAGGGAACAUUUUAUUUACAGCUAGAAGAUGAUAUUGUGGCAAAACCUCAGUACAUUCAGAAAAUAAAAAACUUUGCUCUUGAACAGCCCUCUGAUGAGUGGAUGAUUCUUGAAUUCUCUCAGCUUGGAUUUAUUGGAAAGUUGUUUAGAACUAAAGAUUUACCACUCAUAGUAGAAUUCUUUUUAAUGUUCUACAAAGAUAAGCCCAUAGACUGGCUUCUAGACCACUUACUCUGGGUUAAAGUAUGCAGUCCAGAAAAGGAUCCAAAACAUUGUGAAGGGCAAAAGGCCUAUUUGCGUAUCCGUUCUAAGCCAUCUCUCUUUCAGCAUGUGGGAAUUCAUUCAUCUUUGGCUGGGAAAAUACAGAAUUUAAAAGAUAAAGAUUUUGGCAAAAACAUGCUACAUAAAGCACAUGUUAACCCCCCUGCAAAAGUGACUACUAGCCUAAGAAUAUUCCAGCAUUAUACUUUGGAAAAGGCUUAUGAAGGAAUGGACUGUUUUUGGGCUUUUUCUCCAGUGGCUGGAGAUUAUAUCUUAUUCACUUUUUUACAGCCAUUGAAAGUAGAAGGGUACCUCUUUAGAAGUGGAAACAUGGAACACCCUGGUGAUAAACUGUUUAAUACUACUGUAGAAGUUUGGCCUGCUGCUGAAACAGAUUUAUUAAAAGAUGCAGUAGGCCAUGGAGACAAAGUUAACUACCAAACAACCAAAGAUGGAUAUUUAAAGAUAGGUACAUUUGAUAAUGGAAUAGCAGAAGGCAUCAUCAGUCCAUCAGUAGGGAAAAUACAGGCUAUUCGUUUAUCUAUCCAUUCUGAUUCUCCUGUGUGGGCAUUACUGAGUGAGAUAUUUAUCAAGACUUCCUGAAAAUACAAAACUCCAGAAAAUCACAUUUUUGAUGCGUCUUUUCUUAAGGAUUGCUUUGAAAAACAGGCCACCUAGUGGUAGCAACAAAUGGUCUGCUGGGCAAAAAAUAACAAACGCUUGUGUACUAUUUACUACUAGUACUUAAUACUGUGUAUUAAAAAGGGAGGAACCUAAAACUCAAGGACUUGAAUAUUUAAAAAACAAAUCUAUAAAAUGUUCCUGGUAGACCCUUUAUAAACAUAAAUGCUUUAUUAAUUUGAAUACAUAGACAUAUCACAGGGAGUGAGCAUUACACAACUGUAAAAUUAAAACAACAUAGUCAUUGUUAAAGACAAGAUGUUAUAGGACCUCUCUCAGGGAACAUAACAUCAAAGUCCUUAUUCCAAAUUUAGUUCCACCAGAAAUAGGGACAUUUGGGAGAAAAAAAACCACCAAUUUUUUAAUUCCAUUGAAAUAUAUUGACAGAGCAUUUUGGAGAAGUGGAGCAGAGUGGGAAAACAAUCAAUAUUUUGCUAUAUUAUGUAGGACAAUCCAUCCUAACUAUGAACAGUUUAUCAAUUAAAAGAGCACACUGAAGUUUUAUGAUAAUUUGAGGGUGCUUUCUGUUAACUAGUAUUUCAGCCUUGAAGCCCAUUUAGGAUGGGGUAUGUUUAGUACCUAUUAAAUAGAAAGCCCCUUCAAGUUAUCAUUUAAAUAAUAUUAAUCUUAAACAGUUUUUCUUCAGUGAAAUAUACACUACACUGUAAAAUUGUACGCUGAAUUAAUAAAAAAUUAUUAAUAAUAAAUUAUUUCCUGAAUUGUAUGUGCUGAUACUUAAAUCCUAGUCACAAAGAGGCACAACUUAGUAUAAAUUUUAAAAUAAAAAUGUAAACAGAAGCUCAAUUUAAAAUGAAUAUAAUAAGGAAUCCAUAAUACACAGUCAGGUCUGGUGUUAGUGUCAGACUUCAUACACAUACCUCUUUAGCAUGUGUGCCUAUUGUGUGUCUCUCACACACAGUCAUUGCACAUUCUACCAAAAAAAUAACUACUUUACACCAGUUUUACAUCAGUGUAACUCCAUUGACAUCACUGUAGGUCCACAUGUUUCUAAACAAAAUAAUAAUAAAUUUAGAGCAAGAUAAGCUCAUUUAAAAUCCACUUUCUUUACAUUGUUUGAAACAGAGCAGCAGUUCAUGGUCUUUUUAAAAAAAAAUCUUGUUUUAAUAUUAGAGUAUUGUUGAUAAUGUAUGGUAUUAAGUAUUCUGAUGUUUACGCUUCUGUCAUUUAACUCUAAGCAGGGAGCAGUACAGAACUGUAUACCUAAGGGGAAGGAUUGUUCCCAGCUUGCAAGGAGUAUGUGCUCUUGCCAUGCCAUUCCUUAGGAGAUUGCAGCUUGCUCACCUGGCGCACCCAGGCAGUAAUAUAAGCUGGGGUGGGUCCAUACAUCUUCCUCUUCCUCACCCCUUUUUAGGCAAUUUCCAGUGAGGUCCCAAUCUUGCAAAUACGGACACACAUGAGAAACUUUAGUUGCAUGACUAGUCAGGGAUUUACAUGCAUGUUUGCAAGACUGGACCCUCAGUGUGGAGCCUUGUGAUCUGCAGAGUCUGCAGGCCAAACCUGUUUCUGGUUCUGUGGUGCAACAAAUCACUCUGCUUGGUGGGAAGAUGCAGAGGAAACUGUGCGGGGAAUUUACCCUCAUCCGUGUCUAAUAAGUGAAGUAUGAUUAAAAGAAGUGAGAUUAAUAUAGGUUAAAAAAAUCUUCUGUUUAGGCAAUGAAGAUGUAGGUAUAUACUGUACAAUGUUCAGUAUGGUACAGCAUACUACCUUCGCAUUAGAAACAUUUAAUGGGCCAAAUGUUGGACCCUUCAGACGGCCUCAAAGGUACUGGAACUAGGAUAGUUCACUCUGUGUUACAGGAGUCCAAGUUGCACAGAAUUCACACCCUUCUUCACCUGAAACACUGUAGCAUCUCCAAGGAAAAGGACA